CAACACUGCAGGUGGUCUAUAAAAGAGGGGAGCGACCCAGCUUGGCCUAGUUUGCCUGAAGACUUCUGAGGGGAAAGCAACGUAUUCUAACAACCGGUACAAUGGUGGUCAAAUUCCAAGUUUUUAAGAAAAGCUCCCCUAAUAGCAAGGUAACGAUUUACCUGACGAAAAGAGAGUACGUCGACCACUCAAGUCAUGUGGAUAAAGUUGAGGGAGUCGUCCUCUUCGACCCCAACUUUGUACAGGACAGGAACGUGUACGUCCAAAUGGGCCUCAUCUUCCGUUUCGGCAGGGAAGACGAGGAGUCCAUGGGAUACAAUUUCGUGAAGACCCUCUACCUCGACACUACCCAGUUGUACCCACCCUUGAAGGAAGUCAAGACUUCUGAGAUUCAGAGGAAUCUUAUCAACCGUCUGGGGAACUUCGCCUUCGCCUUCAACCUUGAGUUCCCUAAACUGGCCAGUCCUUCUUACACCAUGAUGAGGGGCUAUGAGGAUGAGGGCCCUCUCAUCAACAUGGAAUAUGAGGUCAUGGGAUUCGUCGGAGUUAACGAACAAGACAUGGACAAGUGGAGCGUUGCCAAUCUGACCGUCCGACGCCUGAUGGAAUGCCCCGCGCGAUUCUUCGACAGACCCGCGCCCGACGGCAGCAUCACCAAGACCUUCCUGACCUGUUCUGGCACAGUGACCAUCCAGGCGUCUCUCAACAGCUCGGUCUACUUUCCUGACGAAGAAAUCAACGUCAAAGUCUGCCUCAAGAACCACGCCUCCAGGGAAGUUAAGCGACUUAAGGUGAAGGUCGUUCAGCUGAGCGAGGUCCCCAUGUUCAGUACGAACCAGGUCAGGGACAAGACGCUCAUGAAGGCCGAUGACCUCAUCGGCUUAGCGCCGGGUGCCUGCACCAAUCGCGAGUUCGUUAUGGUGGCACGAGUGCCAGCGAGGACAGCCACAGGUAAAAUUUUCCUGCAAGGAAAACUGAGGAAGGACGCUGAGGACCAGCUGGCUCCGUCUACCGUCACUCACCCCACCGUUAGCAAGGACGACAUCUUCGGAAUCUACGUCCAGUACGCCGUCAGGGUAAAAGCCGCCCUCGGGCCGCUCUUCGGAGACGCAGUUUUGGACAUUCCAUUCACUCUCGCCGCAAGGCCUGAGUAAAUGGCAGGAGGAAGAGGAACCGCUAUCGGACAGCACCACGAAGGACGGGAAAACAAAAGACUAAAAUCACCCGACGACGAAGAAGCAGCAGUUUCUACCAAAGGCUUCCUUUGUAACGGCAGCAAAGACAACUCUUAGUCUGUCUGUCUGUCUGUCUAUCUUGGUAUUCACCAACACCCGAUCGCGAUCUCUCUGUGCCUCGUGGUGUCGUCAUUUUUCUAUGCAACAAAGAAAUUCACUGACUUGUAAAUAUGCCAUAUGCUAAUGUAUUCAAUCACUGUUUCAUUAUGACUAGUAUUAAGGUGAUGUGAUGAAUUUAAUAAAACGCUGUAGGAGGAGUUAUGAGUUUACGAGAGGGUAUGAAUGUGCGGAUGCAUGACUGGCAUUGAAUGUGUGUGUAGUAUGCAUGUGAUCAAUGGUUGUAAGGGGGAGAAUCGUGCAGAGCGUGAUUUUGUAUUGUGUGAUGUAUAUAUAUAUAUAUAACUCCGAAAGGAAAUGUCGGUGUAUUUAUUCACUGGAUGUUACGCAGAAGCAGCAAAUGAAAGCCGAGCUGACCGCGUCAUUACAACUCAAUGACUCUGUUUCAUAAAUAGUUUCAUAUAUAUCUCUUGUCUGAGAAGAAAAGGACGUGAUUAUUCAAGACUGAAAUAAACCUCGCGAAAUGACAGCGAUCAGGGAGCAGCCGAAGGACAUUCGCCUUUCCCUGAGAAAUGAAGAAAUCUCUCUUUGGCUGAACUUCGCCUUUCGUCUGUACCUCUGCUAAUCAUCUUUGUUGGUCGGUCAGGGUUCAGAGGUCCGCGCCAGGCCUCUUGCUCCCUUAUGCACCUUAUUAAACCUACGGGCCGCCUAUGGGCUAGGGUCCAGUAUCUGCCACUUUGUAAUGAAAGUCGUCUUAUGAAACGCAACAUAUUUAUAAUUCUCUAGUUGGAUAUUUAUUGUAGCUGUUCUGCGUCCCGGUGACGAUAAGAAAAAUAUAGUACACGAUAUAAAA